GCUAAAAAAAGAUACCAACAACCAAACGACGAAGCAUAGCCAGCGAAAAGCUCUGGGAUAAAAAGGGGAAAAAUACAUAAAUUUAUAUUUGCCUCUGAUUUUCCCAUCCGCUCCAGCUUCUUCGAUUACUGGAUCUGCUCUCAACCUUUUCUAGUGUGCUAAGAAGUGUGGUUAGUGCUAUCACUUGCUGAGCCAGUAUGAGCUUCGGUGGUCUUCCUUUUGGUUCUGACAGUACAACUGUUGGAGGAGCACUUCAGUUUGGAAGGACUUACGUUGUAAGGCCCAAAGGUAAACACCAAGCCACCAUAGUUUGGCUACAUGGCCUUGGUGAUAAUGGUUCAAGCUGGUCCCAGAUAUUGGAGACCCUCCCUCUUCCAAAUAUUAAAUGGAUAUGCCCAACUGCCCCUACUCAGCCAGUUUCUAUAUUUGGUGGCUUUCCUUCAACAGCAUGGUUUGAUGUGGAAGACCUUUCAGAAGAUGCUCCCGAUGAUUUGAAGGGGCUGGAGGCUGCAGCAGCACAUGUUGCAAACUUGUUGUCAACAGAGCCUGCUGACAUUAAACUUGGUGUUGGAGGCUUUAGUAUGGGUGCGGCAACCUCCCUAUACUCUGCCAGCUGUUUUGCUCAUGGAAAUUAUGGGAAUGGCAAUCCAUAUCCUGCCAAUUUAAGUGCAGUUGUUGGCCUAAGUGGCUGGCUCCCAUGCUCAAAGACUUUGAAAAACAAGAUAGAAGGAAAUGAUGUAGCUGCAAGACGUGCUGCAUCAUUGCCUAUGUUGCUCUGCCACGGGAAAGGUGAUGAUGUGGUGGUACAUAAAUUUGGUGAGAAAUCCUUGGAAGUAUUGAGUUCAAAUGGAUUUGAGGAUGUGACUUUCAAAUCAUACUCCGGCCUUGGCCACUAUACAAUCCCGGAAGAGAUGGACGAGGUCUGUGCGUGGCUAACCACAAAACUUGGGCUUGUGGGUAACUCUGCAUGAACAUGCCAGAGUCUUAGGUUCGAGCCUCAUCUCAGGGGGCAAAGCAAUAUGGAAGGGGCAAAACAUUGGUAUUGUCAUAAUAAUUGUGAGGUUCUGCAAAGCAUGUAUUUACGGUUUAUUGAAAAAAUUAAGUUGGUCAUGGCUGUUCUAGGUGUGUUAUUGUGGAAAAGAUAUGUGCAUCUGCACUUGACAUUAUUUAAUAUGGACCUUGAUGGUAUCGUAUUGGUGUGAGCAAUUGUCUGUACCCUUUACUCAUAACAAAUUGGCAAUUGCCUUAUGGUGUAAAAUUUCCUGCUUUCGUACUCCUCAUUACAUGUGUUUGUUAUCAAUAAGAGAACAGUCAUUGA